AUGCCUGCCAAAGCCGGAAACAAGAAGGGACCAGUCGUCAAGCGCAAGUUUGUUAUCGACUGCAAGCAACCUGCCAACGACAAGAUCUUCGAUACCGCUGCAUUCGAGAAGUUUCUCCAAGACAACCUUAAGGUCGAUGGAUUGAAGAGCAACUUGGGCGACAAGGUCACCAUCGCUAAGGAGGGAGAGAGCAUCAAGAUCGAGACCUCUGUCAACUCUGGUCACUACCUCAAGUACUUGACCAAGAAGUUCCUCAAGAAGAACCAAUUGAGAGAUUGGCUCCGUGUUGUUUCCACCUCCAAGGGCGUUUACGAAUUGAGAUUCUUCAACGUUGUUGGUGAUGAGGCUGAGGAGGAUGACGAAUAG